UUUAUGUGACACUCGUGGCGAGAGCGGAUCACCACAUCGCCUAUUCAACCACGGAGCUUGCACCCGUCGGCCCAGCAACGUCCAAAAACCAAAAAGCUGAAACAAUUCACAUCGUUCAAUUCAUUUGGCACAAAUUAAUUUGCGAAACGGAACUGCUCACUUAACGCAAUUUAAUGCCCAUCCAUCGCCUCUCGCUUGUGUCGCGCGCCUCUUGCAAAAAAGCGGAGUAGGCCUAAUUAAUCACUUGCAAUUAGCAACUAGCAACUAGCAAUUAGCAAUCAGCAAUCGGCAUUUCCACACUUCCAAAUCGAUCUGUGCGUGCACUUCGAACGCGAAUAGUAAAUCCUGUCCGUGAAGUACCCUUCGCAUUCGUACCCACAUCUGCCAUGGAAAUGAAGUGCCUGCAGUUGGCCGUUUGACAUUUCCACUCUGCCAGGAUACGCCGUUCCGGGCCUCGAGAGCCGCAGGAGCAGCGACAGGAGCAGCCACAACACUUGGAAUAUGUUGUAUAAUGUGCCGUGCUAUCAAAACUUCUCAACGCUGGAUUACUACAAAGUUAAACGUCCCAAGACAGAGCACACGGAUACUCAUGAACGCAACCGCCUCUGCAAUCUGUCACAGCAGCAGCAACAGCAACCCCAGCAGCAACAGUCGCACCAACAGCAGCAGCAGCAGCAGCAACAACAGCAAUCCCACUCCAGCACCGUGUUGGCCAGCAAUGGACCCAGUAGCGCCGGUGCCGGCAUGGGUGUCGGUGGGGGCGGAGGUGGUGUGGGGGGCGUGGUCGGUCAGUGCAGUCCCCUGGGACUGCCACCGCAGAGCCAACCUCUACAACCCACAAUAGGGUCGCUGGCCUCCUUGAGUGGCCACUACGCCAAUGGGAAUGCCAAUCCGAAUGUAAAUUCGAGCAGCUGCAGCCUGGCAGCCGCCUCCAGUUUCUCCCAAUCCGCUGGCAGCAGCUUCUCCACAUAUCAACAGGCAGGAGGAGGGGGCGGCGCAGGAGUUUCUGGAGAGGAUGGAGUGGUGGGCGGAGCAACUGUGAUGACGCACUGGACGCACGAUAGCACUAACUCCAGUGCGGCGGUCAAGUCGGAGUCCCGCAGCCCAGGACAAGUGCAUCCAACGCUGGACAACGGUGGUUCGGUGGCCAGCUCGAAUUUGUACGGGUGCAGUGCCUCCACCAAUCCGCUGGAUGGAGGAGCCACGGCGGUCAACUCCUCGGCGGUGGCAGCCGCAGCCGCAGCUGUUUACGAUGGCAAGCAUGAUUACUACUACUACAACAGCAUGCAGCAGUACACUCCGCCACCAUUUUACUCCGGCUACGGAACUCCCUAUGCCGCUGCCACGGCAGCCAGGCAGGCCAAGAUGGAGCCAGGAGCAGCGGCUGCAGCGGCGGCCUACCUGGCACCCAGCUAUCCAGGAGGUGGCAACAACAACUCCCAGCUGUACAGUAGUCCCUACGCGGGAUACAACAACUUUGGGCAGCAGGAUUACGGGGGUUACUACAACGAGCAGUAUGGCAACUACUACAGUCCAGCCAACUACUCGCCGUACGCGGUGAGCUCGCCCAGCUCGAGUGCCAGUCACGGGCACGGGUUCCAUGUGGCCGCCUCCUCGAAUCUCUCCGAGAGUCCCACGGACACGCACUCGACGACGCCGGUGCACCAGACCACCCACUCACCGCACUCCCCGCUGCCGAUCUCUCCCAGCGCUGGUACCGGAAUUGGUCCACUCGGUAAUGUGGCCGCCGCAGCUCUGAACUCCAGUGGAGGCAGCAGCGUGGGCACGGCGGGGUCGGGAUCGGGGGGCGUGGCAGCCAGCAAGACCACGCCCACGGGUAAGACGGGAAGGGCGCGUGGACGGCGUCACCAGCAGCCCAGUCCCACCAGAAGCACUGCCUCCGACACUGGAAACAGCGAGGCGGUGAAGCCACCGGAGCGGGUGUUCGUCUGGGAUCUGGACGAGACCCUCAUCAUCUUCCAUACGCUGCUCUCGGGCAGCUAUGCCAACCGAUACACCAAAGACCACAGCUCCCUGAUGACCAUCGCCUUCCGCAUGGAGGAGAUGGUCUUCAACAUGGCCGACACGCACUUCUUCUUCAACGAGAUCGAGGAGUGCGACCAGGUGCACAUCGACGAUGUCAGCUCGGACGACAAUGGCCAGGACCUGAGCGCCUACAACUUUGCCACGGAUGGCUUCCACACGAACACCCCGCCCGGUGCCCCGCCCAAUCUCUGCCUGCCCACCGGGGUGAGGGGCGGGGUCGACUGGAUGCGCAAGCUGGCCUUCCGCUACAGGAAGAUCAAGGACAUCUACAACAGCUACCGUGGAAAUGUUGGCACCCUGCUGGGACCCGGAAAACGCGAGGCCUGGCUGCAGAUCCGCUCGGAAAUCGAGGUGGCCACCGACAACUGGGCUACGCUGGCGCUCAAGUGCCUGAGCAUGAUCUCCCAGCGCGAGAACUGCGUCAACGUGCUGGUCACCUCCACGCAACUGGCCCCGGCGCUGGCCAAGGUCCUGCUCUUCGGACUGGGCGGGAUCUUCAACAUUGAGAACAUCUACAGUGCGCACAAAAUCGGCCAUGAAACCUGCUAUGAGCGGAUCGUGACGCGCUUCGGGCGCAAGAGCACCUACGUGGUAAUUGGGGAUGGGAACGAGGAAGAGACCGCCGCCAAGGCCAUGAACUUCCCCUUCUGGCGCAUCUCCGCCCACAGCGACAUUCGCGCCCUCUUCACUGCCCUCGACAUGGGCUUCUUAUGAAAAGCCAAACUUUAAUGCGGUUCGAUACUGUAAUAGCGAUAUCUUUUGGCAGGCUCGAUGCAGUUUUGAGUACAAACAGCAAAAAUGUUUAACUAAUUUAUUUAACAUGUAUGUCCGUGAGUGUGAGUGUGCGAUUGCGUGUUUGAGCGAGUGUGCGACGGAUAAAACAACCAACAAAUGGAAAAUGUAAACCAGCGCAAAAUAAUUUAAUUAUUUUGUUCGAACAUUUAUACUUUAACGCCAAGACUUUUUGUAUUAUAUAGUUUUUAAAAACACACCUAAUCGACGAUCGUAACAAUUCUCGCACGAAGUUGUUUCAAGUGUAUAAUUCAUAAAUUAACAAUAUACGUAUUUAGCACUUUAGAGUAGCCAACAAUAACAGACCGAUUCGCUAAUCCUGGCUAACGAAAGCGGAGCAAACACAACAACUAGUUUAAAGUUCUUAGUUUAAAGGCAAACGCAUAAUUAUAAUGAUUAUAAAUAAUUCGACAAAGCCGUAGUAUUGAAAUUUUAAAUAACUAUUAUAUAGCUGCAUAUAUUAAACUAUAUUUAAAAUAUAAAACCAAGUAAUAAAAGAGCAAAACCAACGACAACGCACUCUAUUAAAGCAAAA